UGAAGCGCGCAAUGUAACUCUUGUCAUUUUCUUGUAUAUAAAGUUAAGUAGUCGGUGAAUUGUAAUAAUAUCAGACAUCCUAUAGACAGUUGUAAAAUGAAUAUCAUUCACGGGUCAGCUCUUAUUUUUGGAUUUAUUUUAUUAACUAAUGGACAAAAUGAAGUAUGGAAAACAUUUGAAGGAAGAUUUUAUGGACACUUUGAGCAACCUAAAACCUUCUUUAAAGCUCUAGAAGUUUGCCAAAACAUCGAUGGCAUAAUUGCCCCUGUGAGAACUCAGCAGGAAUCACAGUUUUUAAUACAGUUAAGAAGUGAAAUUGGUGAAAGUACUAAAAGACGAUGGAUUGGUGGAACUGAUAAGAAUAGAGAUGAUGGUAGUUAUAUCUGGUUAGAUGAUAGUCCCAUCACGUGGUCGAACUGGAAUAGAGGUGAACUAUACAUUUAUUCAGGAUCAGGAGAUGAACCUAUUAAUGCUGGUGGUAAAGAAGACUGUAUGGUAAUGGAAGCAAAUGGUAAAUGGAAUGAUAUUGAUUGUGAUUUGUUUGAACAUAAAUAUUUCUGUAUGAUUGCAAACAGUCCAAUAGGCUGGACAUCCUUCUUUCCAGGAAAAGAAUUCCGGUUUUUUGACCUUCAUCAACAUACCUAUUCAGAAGUGAAAAAUAUGUGCAGAUCAUUUAAUGGGGAAAUUCCUUCACCAGAUACAAACCUAUCUAUCUUAAAUGCUCUUAGAUACCGGAUAAAAAGUGUAGACUCAAAUGAAACAAACCCGGUAUGGAUUAAAUCAGACCAAUCAAACAAUCAGUGUUCGUUUGUGGGUGCUGAUGAAGUAAAGAUAUCUUCAAGAUCUUGUAGUGACAAAAUCAACUUUAUAUGUGUGAGAAACAAAGAAAUGCCACCAAUUAGGUCUGAACCAGUAGAACCAAGUACGUUCCCUAUCUUUAAUACCUUUAAUGAGCGUGACCGUAGAGGCUUUGGGUUCGUGACAGUAGCGGCCUUAAACUUAGUUUAAGUCAGGCCAAAUAUGGCUGCUACAAAUUUUGACCCAAUUUAAUAGUUAGUCUCGGUCACACAGGACCUAGUCUUCAACGUGCGGAAUCACACUGAUCCGCAGUGAAUAUUUGCUAGGCCGCUACAAUCACUGAUAAGGAUGACAUCGAUGCGGCUUAAUGAGCCAGAAAUAUUAACUUUUUUCCUGCGACAAAUUAAAUUCUAAAACAUUUUUUUUUAUGUAUUGGAAAAAUAAAUAAAGGCGUUUGACGUA